GUUUUGCGCAUGUGUGAGUCUCACAUCACUUGCGCUGUUAUGGCAGCUUUGGCUUGUGUCAAUUUAUGGUCAAACAUGGCCGAGCCCAUUAGUUGCCUUAAACGAAAAAUAUCAGGCGAAGAAACCGGUACCUUCGAUCCCCAAAAUGUUCAAAAUGCGAACAAUACCAACGACAAGAGCGUGACAUUUGCUGACGUUCUUGGAAAACAGCUAGUGUCGGUGAAACAUAUCACACCAACUUCGAGCUACGAAGAUGUAAACAAGGCGUUCAUUCGCAGUAAAAUUUGUAGUCGGAAAAUUUAUGAAGUUACAGACGAAAAUAAUUACAUCAUCCCUGGCAGAUAUCCUGGGGCAAAUGGACUAUCAAAAACGUAUCUAAAGUGCUGCUUUCCACAACCAGCCUCAAGCCCAGAUUUCCUGGAACGAAUGCGAACGCAGAUGGUUUGCUUGGAAAAUGCAUAUAUGGGCGAUAGCUCGAACUUAGAGCUUAUUGGUCUUAUCAGAGUGCGAAAUAUUUCGUAUGAAAAGGAAGUCUUCGCGCGAUAUUCUAUCGACCACUGGAUCCAUUUUCAAGACUGCAUGGCGGCUCAUUUGCUGCAAACAAAUAGAGGGGAAUUUGACAAGUUCAUUUUUAAGCUGGUCCUUCCAAAAGGCUUUUAUGUCGGAGGUACGGUUGAAUUUGCAGUUUGCUUUAAGAAGAAUGGGCAAGAAUACUGGGAUAACAAUAGAGGCAAUAAUUUUACUGUGAAGUGUUGCGAAUGAAAGACGGCUUGUUUCUUUCUUUGAGUUUAGAGUUUUCAUUGAAAUGAGUUGGCUACCGUAGACAGGACAAGUUUAGUCAUUUGUCUCCAAAGAUGCAAUGCAUAGUCGAGUCUUCAAAACAACGCCAGCCAUCACUAGACGGACAAAGCCAAGUGAAGAGUAGGAACAAAUAACAAUUUGUAGUGAGACCAAAUGUCUAAGUUAAUUCAAGCAGAUAUUUUGUUUUACAUUAGACAAGUCGUUCUAUUUAGAUGCUAUGAGUGGAAACGAUUUAUGCAGAAGAUUUAUUCAUGUACAUCUAAGUUUGAAAACCUGAAGAGAAAACGAACUAUUAGAGUAGCAAUAGUUGAAAAACUGUUAUCAGAUUAUAAGAUAUACGACGCAGUUUGAAUAAAACUAUGAGGAACAAGUAAAA